CAGCCAAUGUUGUUGAAAAUUUUUGUGUCGUUUGCCAAUUCUUGUGUUUUCCCGAAUUUAUAUGAUAAGCAAUAGCUUCCGGGCCUCAAAUAGCAUGUAAUUGUGAUUGUUCAUGGCUAACCGCGAUGUAUUCUCCAAGAUCCUGCCAAAUGUCAAGUUGGGCACUCGCUACGAUGAGGAUGGGCGUGAAGUUCAGGUGGAACGGCGCGAAGACUCGGAUGCCACGGCCAAGGAGCAGGACACCUUCGAUAUCCUUGUUGCUGCAGGAUAUUACAGGGCCCGCAUCAAGGGUUUAUCCGCCUUUGAUAAAGUUGUAGGAGGAAUGACCUGGUGCAUCGAGUGCUGCGAUUACGAUGUGGACGUGGACCUGCUCUUUCACGAAAGCCUUUCCAUAGGGCAAAAGAUAGCUUUGGUGGAAAAGAUCGUAUCUGUUCUUAUAGACAUGAAGUGUCCACACAGUUUGGAACCUCAUCAAGUGCAGGGUCUCGAGUUUCUAGCCAUACAUCCUGUCAUCCAAUGGCUGGUAAAGACCUCUGUGGAAAAUCGAGCGGAGCGUGGACAGCGCUUAAAGAGAUUUGCCAUAGGUCAGUUUCACAAUCACUAUCAGUACAAAAGCGACAAGGACAAUCUCACUAAAAUACGCCUGGCCUCCACCCACAUAAGGGCUAUUCAGGAGCUAUACUGCCCAAGGAGACUGUAUGAACGGCAGGAAGCUCCUGGGGAUGAUGAUGUGUCUCGGGUUCGUCUUACUCUCUUAGAGUACGGAGAUCCUGGACCAACGUUUAAGACUCGUGCUGAAAGAAAAGCAGAGCAGGGCCCUGGUGAAGUAGAUGAGCUCGAUUUGGAGGAAUAUCUACGCAGCCUUUCCCUUGUAAAGGAUGACUUAACGGCCACUCAGAAACGCAUUGAUCUGGAUCCUACAGCCCGUCAGGAGCUACAACAGCACUACGCUGAGUUUAAGCUGGAAAUGGAAACAGAUGCCGAAGAGCUGAAGACACAAAACCAACAGAAACGUCUCGAAGCGGCCAAAAUUGCUCUUGAACACAAAGUUCGGCGCUACUGCAAAGAUAACGAACAACUGGAGGAAGUUGAAAAGGAGCAAAACCAGAAGACCAAGGAAGUAGAGGACCAUUUAAGUACACUAAAAACUGAGAUCAAAGCACACAAGGACACGCAGGAUAAUGCAGAUCCAAAGCUCCUUGAAAAAGUACAGAGCUUGCUGCAGCAACAUGAAGAACUGAAGAAAAACGAGGCGGAGUUCAAGGAAUCCUGUCGCACUGAUUUGGCCAAUCUGCAGCAGCAAAUCGAUGACCUGGAAGCCUUUAGUGCCCAAGACGCGGAGGCUCAGGCUGCAGCCUUGGCUAGCGAAGAGAAUCGCCUGAAAGAGUUGCGUCUGCAGUUGGCUAAGAGGAAUCGCGGAAUCGUGGCCAUUGAACGAAAGCUAGAUGCCAUACCCGAUCGCACAGAGUUGGCUCAAUACCAGCGACGAUUCCAUGAACUUCACAACGAAAUGAGCGGCAAGCACCUGGAAACCAAGCAAUAUUACACCUUAUACAAUACACUCAACGAUAAGAAGCGUUACCUGGAGAAGGAGCUGGCCCUUCUCAACUCCAUCUGUGAGGCGUACAACGAGGGCAUGAUGAGUCCGCACGGUCGCGAGGACUUUAUCCGCCAGUUCGAGUCCAUUGUGGACGGAGUGAAGAGCGCCCAGGACAAGGUACGGCACAAGUACAACGAGGAGCGGAUGCGACGUGAUGAGCUGAACGAGGAGCUGCAAUCGCUGUUGGAGCUGCAGCGCCAGUACGCUCUAGCUGUCAAGCAGCUCACACGCGAGUGCCAACGCUGCGAGCAGCUGCAGCAGCAGCUCAGGUCAAUUAGGGGCAGGACGCAGUCCUAAACCGUUUUAACUAUUGAUUAAUUAACACGAAACACUCAUAGCGAAUUCGUUCAAUAAAUUAUAUCGCCCUUAUUGUAGUGCAAUUAUCCAAGAAUCCAA